AUGGAAAUCUUAGAUAAGCAGCUCAGAAGAAAAAAUGUUAUAUUUUUUGGGAUCGAAGAAAAAGAAAAGGGGUAUGAAAAUUUACUCUCCAUUGUUUUAGAUAUCAUUAAUAACACGAUGAAAAUACCUUGCCAUAAAUUGGAAAUUGAACACGUUAAUAGGAAGGAAAAAAAAUCAGAAAAAGGCAGACCAGUGUUUGUCACAAUAACAACAACAAGCAGGAGAAUAGAGAUAUUUAAAAAGAAAAAAUCGCUAGAGGGAACAAAUAUUUACCUGAAAGAAUAUUUUACAUCUAGCGUCUUACAAAAGCUGAAAGAGUUACAAGAAGACCUUAAACGCGAAAGAGAGUCAGGAAAAAGAGUGGCUUUACACUACGACAAAAUUGUGACACUAAAACCACAUGAAUCUGAAGUACAUACACACACAGAAAGAAACAUAAAGAUAAAGAAACUUUUUAUCUCUAAGUCACCUGAAGAACCAGAGAAAGAAACUGCAAAAGAAUAA